AUGCCUUCAUUCCUCACUUGGAAGGAACAGACAAAUUUCUGGUUUCGCCGUGCGGGUAGCUCUUCCCAGAUACGUAUUAUUCUAGGUCUUAUUCCCUCUAUUAUCUCUUGGGAACUUUGGGAGAGACGUUGUAAAGCUCAGUAUGAGGACAAGGGUCAUACGGCUCAGUCGGUCUGGUACGCUUCUAAAGUAUGGUUUUGUUGUAUCAUGGAACAUAUUCUGAAAAUUUCCUCUGUAUCCAACAAGGACAUUGAUAUUUUAAAUAGACUAGAGAUUCUGGUUUUGUCUCCCAAGUCGCAAAGGGUUAGGAUGAUAAGAUGGACCCGACCCCAACAGGGCUGGGUAAAGCUCAACAUUGACGGUAGUAGUCUUGGAAAUCCAAGCUUUUCUGGCGUCGGGGGUGUUAUUCGGGAUGCUAAUGGUAAUCUCCUCCUGGCUUAUUCGAUAUCUCUGGGUCAGAGUACUAAUAACUUUGCCGAACUCAGUAGCCUUUUGGAAGGAAUUCGUAGAUGUUAUACCCUCUGGCUUCAGCGUGUUGAAAUUGAAACAGAUUCUCAAUUGCUGGUAAAUUGGAUCACUAAGGGUGACUGUCAUACCUGA